UGUAAUAUUUCCUGUUGGAGUUCAGCAGCUUGAUGGACGUUGGGAUAAACGAUAACUUAAGUCGAUGUGUUUUAGAUCUCGGAUGGCAGAAGUUCAUAUUCACAGUUCGCAGCUUUUAAGAGGAUUUCAUCUCCAUGUUCUGUUCCAAAUGUGCUGAUGUCUGUGUUCCCUGCCUGUUGUGUGUCUCAGGUGGACUGUCCGUGUCUCUGCUCUUCAGAUAUUUAACUAAACCCUCCCAGGAGUUUUCAGCCGAGUCUCCCCGCCUGUCCUCUGGCUCCGUCAGCAGCAAUGAGCGCGCUCCGUCGGCGACGCCGUCCGAUUCGUCCGACCGGCGCCCGCUGAGCCUGAUCUCCACGCUGUCCUCGGGCUCCGGGUCCUCGCGGGACGACGCCACCGCCCCCCAGCCGCCACAGUCCCAGGACGCUGCACUCAGCCCAGAGGGGGAGGAGCCUCCUGACAGGAAGGGGCGGAGCCUCGGCCUGGAGCUCAACAACAACAACACGGACGACUCCGAAAGCCCGGCAACGUGGGGAGAGAACAGAUCGCCGAGUCGCCGCCAGCAGACGCCGGUCGCCAUGGCGCCCAGCGCUCAGCUGACCUACCUGGACCGCGUCGUCAUGGAGAUCAUCGAGACGGAAAGGAUGUACGUCAGAGACCUGCGCAUGAUCGUAGAGGACUACCUGGCCCACAUCAUCGACCAGAGUGACGUCUCCAUCCGUCCCGAGCAGGUCUGCUCUCUGUUCGGAAACAUCGAGGACAUCUACGAGUUCAACAGCGAGCUGCUUCAGGAUCUGGAUCUCUGCCACAACGACCCAGUCGCCGUCGCCCGCUGCUUCGUCCUCAAGAGCGAGUACUUUGAGAUCUACACGCAGUACUGCACCAACUACCCAAAUUCGGUGGCGGCGCUGACCGAGUGCAUGAGGAAUAAAUCUCUGGCCAAGUUUUUCCGGGAGCGUCAGGAGUCAUUGAAGCGUUCGCUGCCUCUGGGUUCAUACCUCCUGAAACCUGUUCAGAGGAUCCUCAAAUACCACCUGCUGCUCCAGGAGAUAGCGAAGCACUUUGACCACCAGCAGCAGGGCUAUGAUGUGGUGGAGGAGGCGAUCAUCACUAUGACGACCGUGGCGUGGUACAUCAAUGACAUGAAGAGGAAACACGAGCACGCCGUCAGACUGCAGGAGGUGCAGUCUCUGCUGCUGAACUGGAAAGGCGCGGACCUCACCACGUUCGGAGAACUGGUUCUGGAGGGAAACUUCAAACUCCAUCGAGCCAAAAACGAGCGAACGCUCUUCCUGUUCCAGCGCAUGCUGCUCAUCACCAAACGCCGCGGAGAGCACUACAUCUACAAGACGCACAUUUCUUGCUCCACUCUGAUGCUGAUUGAAAGCGCCAAAGACUCUCUGAGCUUCAGUGUGACUCACUACAAACAGCCCAAACAGCCGCACACCGUCCAGGCGAAGACGGUGGAGGAGAAGAAGCUUUGGGCUCAUCACAUCAAACGCAUUAUUCUGGAGAACCACCACGCCCUCAUCCCUCAGAAGGCUAAAGAGGCCAUCUUGGAAAUGGAUUCCAUAUAUCCUCCCGGGUAUCGCUACAGUCCUGAGCGGCUGAAGAAAGCUCAUUCCUCUCAGGCUGACGAGCUUCCACGAAACGGUCGCCAGGGACGACGACAGUCCGAGCCGAUCAAAGAAACCCUAAAGAGCACACAAGACGUCUUUAAGGAGGAGGAUGAGGAGGAAGAGGGGGAGACAUUGUCUCCUCAGCGGUCUCAUGGGACGCCGGCGGAGGACAGCGAGCUGGACGACAUCCUGCUGGAAGACGAGCAGGAAGACGACUUUGCGAGCUCUGUUCUCGCCGCAAUCGCCUGCUGGCACUUCAGCGCCGCGGUGAUGGAGGUAGACGAAGGAUCUUCUAACGGCUGCAAGAAAGAAAAUGUUCGACUGCCUGAAGAAGAAGAAGCUGCAGCUGAAGCGGUAUGCAAACGGCCUUGCGAAGUUAACCUUCCUCCGGAGAAGACAUCAGAGUCCGAACCGACAGAAGAAAACCCAGAACCAGAACCAGAACCGUCCUCUAAUCCGGACAGUUGGUCUGCUCCCCCCCCCAGAAUCUCUGCGUCUCCUCGACAGUCGGACAGAUUGAAACUGGACAGAGACCCGGAACCGGCGUCCGCCGCCACGACGGACUCCGAUUCCAAAACGCUGAGUAGCGGGGAAUCCUCCGAGGACGAGGCGUACCUGAAGGGGGCGCCGGAGAAGGCGGUCGGAUCCCCGAGCAUCCUUCCCUCCUCCGUCUUGGACAAAGCGAGCGCUAUCGCUCAGCACUUCGCCGGCAGUGUCAAACGUGGCAGCCUGGCGCAAGACGACGUUCGAUCCCCCAGCUGUGCGUCGCCGCGGUUACCCAGAAGCGGCGGCGGCAUUAUCCUCAACCUCGGCGCCGAACCUCUGGAAACUCAGCUUCUCAACAGCAACUCUCCUGACUCUGAUUCGGCUUUCGGUGCGACAGAUCUGACGAUGCUGUCUCCACGGAGCGACAGCCUCUUUGAUGGCCUUCGCCGUAGGCGGGACUCCACGCUGUCCAGGAAGGACCAGCUGCUCAUUGGCAAAAUCAGGUCGUACUACGAGAAUGCCGAGAGCGAGGACGCCACCUUCAGCAUGCAGCGCAGAGAGAGCCUGACGUACAUCCCGACCGGGCUCGUCAGAAGCUCCGUCAGCCGGCUCAACAGCAUCCCAAACGAUGAUACCGUCCGGACGAAUCCCGCCAACUCGGCCCCAUGCUUCAGUCUCGAGUCAAACGCAGCUUUGCCCGCAGAUACCCCUAGUCACAUGGUCUCUAGUGACUCGUUGGACUCUUUCAAGUCUGAUCAGAGAAGCACCGAUCCAGAAGACUCAGAGGGAAUCCCUUGGUCCAGAUCGCAAAGCUUGCAGGACAAUCCGUCUGAGGACGAAGAGUUCAGACCUUCGUCUGAAAUGAUCAAGGUCUGGCAGACGAUGGAGCGAGAGAUCACAGGAAGCAAACGCUCUCAAGAAGCUCCGCGAGUCCCCAGAGCGACGGCCGACGACGCGACAAAGGCGGCGACAGAGAGCCGAGAGAGUGGAGCGUCCGACCUCAGCACCAUCACCGAGGAAUCCUCCAGUCCGGCGCCUCCGAAGCUCAAAGCCUCUGGUGCGAUUCGGACAAGAAGUCGUAGACAGGACGGGGUAAAAGUGUUUGGGGAAGACGCCGUUGACCUCAGGGCGCCGAUUCCUCGGGUCUCCCAGCUGAAUCAGAACUUCGAGGCACAGGCAGGAAGGCGGAGCGAGGAUUCCAACCAGUGGGUUGAGGUAGACAAGACGAAGAGCAAAGUCCUCCAUCUGGCUCGCCAGUACAGCCAGCGACUCAAAACAUGCGAACCGGCGGCCGGACAGAGAAGUACUCGCCUCCUGAUGAACCGGAAGCCUUUAGCCUGCGUGCUGGAGGAGAAGGAGAGUACAGGUACCGAAAGCGCUGGGAAACCCAGCCUGACUCUGCCACUAGUUUCUGAUAACCAGGCUCCCUCUCUGCCGCUGACCCCUGUAGACCAGAUACAAUCUGUGGCGCCGGGCCUUGCCGUCCCUGCCCCGGACCGGCCUCUCUCUCGCAGCCCCGUCAGCCCCAUCAGUCCUCUUCCUGCCAUCGAGGGCUUCAACUGGCCGGACGUCCGCGAACUCCGCUCCAAAUACUCGGACCACGGUCGCUCCCAGAAGAGUUCUGUCGGCCGGAGCCACUCCAUCCCAGAGCAGAUGUUUGACGUGGGUCUGCGGAGGCACUCCAGCUGUUCCUCCGGCCUCCUCCUCGCUGAUGCAGCGUCCGGCGAGGUAAAUUCUUCUUCUUCUUCUUCUUCGUGCAAGCCUCGCGUCAGCCGUGGCGCCGGCAGAGAGGCACGUAGAAAGCGUCUCCACCGAGCAAAUUCUCUGGAACCUCGGCUGAGCGGAGCGCAAACGACCGAGCUGCACGCGCUCCAGGAUCAGGUGGCUACCGGCGACUCUGACGGUUACUACGUCGCAGCCGAGGCAUCGCUACCGGACGACCCCGAACACAAGAUCAUCGUCAUGGAGAAGCUUCCAGAGCCUGCUGAGUCCAAGCCUGCGGAAACAGCCAUAGAAGAAGAAGACAACGACGACGACAAUUACAUUCAGAUCCGUUCACCGACCAGCAGGGAGAAGAUCUCCAUCAUGGCUGUCAUCGACCGCUGCCGGCUCUAUCAGGAGUCUGACGAAUAUCAACAGAGGGAGGACGUGAAAGCCAAAACUGAGCCAGACGCUGCGACAGCCCCGUCCAACGGUCAGAACGACGAGACACAGAAAAUGGGUUCAAACGCCGGACAGAAGACAGAAGCCGGUCAGCAGAACAUCGUGAAAAAUCUGAGAGAAAAGUUCCAGAACCUGAGCUGAAUAAACGGCACAAUGAAACUCUUUAAAAAAAAACUGCAAGACGUCUUAUAUAACUCUUAAUUAAA